UAUAUGUUCAGUGAUAAUAUAGUAGUUGGGUCAGAUACACCGACUCUUGCUUCACAGAACUUUCAAAUGGACGGCCCUCCAUUAGAAUCACAGCCACUGCUAUUGUCAAACAAUAACAAUGGCACAUCGCUCAAUAGCCAUCUCGAUGACCAGUACCAAUAUGUCAAGCACCAGAACAGCUUCAAGUCCGUCGAUGACUAUCCAUCGGACUCGGGCAUGUCCGAUCCACUGCUCUCUGCAAACAACGGCGGUGCAGGUAGCAGUAGUCCAUCGGACCCCGGCGCCACCCCAUCCCGAUCAUCAGCGCAGGCGCAGUUCUUCCUCUUCCUCACCGUGUGCAUAUCAGUGCUGAGCACUCUGGAGUUUGGUUACAACACCGGUGUCAUCUCGCCAACGAUGCCCACCAUGCAGGAGAUCUUCAAGUUCACAAAGGGUCAGAAGAGUUUCUUGGUGUCCAUCAUCCUGGUCGGUGCCAUGGUUGGUUCCUUUGUCAGUGGCUUUGUGUCUGAUCGAAUUGGAAGAAGAUGGACACUGUUCCUCAACAAUAUCUUCUAUCUCACAGGUCCACUACUGACGUCGUUUGCCACCAACUACUCUACACUCUUGGCUGGACGUAUCAUUACAGGAUUUGCCGUUGGUGUUGCAAGUGCUGUCGUCCCCACCUACAUUAGUGAGGUAGCCCCUCAUUACAUGCGUGGAGCGCUUGGUCUGUUGAGACAAAGUACUAUUACAUUCGGUAUCAUGGUAUCUUCACUUGUUGCUUAUGGACUGGUAAACAAAGAUAAUGGAUGGAGAUAUACAUUUGCCAUUGCCACAGUACCAUCGUUCAUUCAAGUGGCACUUAUUUAUUGGUUCUUGGAGACACCCAGAUUCUUGGUAUCAAAGAACAGAGUCAACGAUGCCUUCAACACCAUCAGAAAGCUAGAUACAUCUCUUCCAACCGACUCUGUCAACAAUCAGAUUCAAAAGAUCAAGAACAACAUCCUUGAGCAACAAGGUACCUCUGGAUGGUCACAACUCUUCAAGAAGAAAUUCCUAAGAGUAUACUUUAUUGGAUUUGGAAUUAGCAUGUUCCAACAAUUCGUUGGUAUCAACUGUGUAAUAUAUUAUAGCACUGCAAUAUUGGAAGCCGCUGGUUUCAACAAGAACACUGCAAUUCUGAUAUCGGCUCUGGUUGGAAUCCCUCAAUUGAUUAUGAUGUUUAUCAGCGUCUGGCUCAUCGAUCGCUUCGGAAGACGUCCACUGCUCCUGAUCGGAAACAUUGGACAAAUCGUUGGACUCGGUAUACUUGGUGGCGCUUUCUGGGGUCUUGGCUCCAAGGGAGUCAUUCACUCCACCGGACUCGGAUGGAUGGCCGUAUUUGGCAUGGUGUUCUUUAAGUUGAUGUACGCCGUCGGCAUGGGUCCCAUCCCUCUGAUGGUGGCCGCCGAGAUCUACCCGACAAAGAUCAGAGGAAAGGCAGUGUCGAUUGCCUCCACUCUCAACUGGCUCGCCAACUUCAUCAUGAACAUCUCAUUCCCCUAUCUCCAGACUGGACUUGGACAGACUGGUACCUACUGGCUCUUUGGAGGCAUCUCUUUCCUAUGUUUCCUCUUUGUCUAUUUCUUUGUGCCAGAGACCAAGGGUGUUACCAUCGAGGAGCUUAGCAAGCAACUGGUGAAGGAG